GCCCGCGCGUGCGCGCAGGGGCCUGCGGCUGACCCUGCGCCUACGCAGAGCGGCGGCUGGCGGCGCGAUGGACCUGACCGGCCUCCUGCUGGACGAAGAAGGCGCUUUCUCCGUCACCGGCUUCCAGGACUUCACGUUCCUCCCAGGACACCAGAAGCUGAGUGCCCGCAUCCGAAGGAGACUCUACUAUGGCUGGGACUGGGAAGCCGACUGUAGCCUGGAGGAGCUCUCCAGCCCAGUGGCAGAUAUUGCUGUGGAACUGCUGCAGAAGGCAGCACCCAGCCCUAUUCGCCGACUCCAGAAGAAAUACGUAGCUCAUGUGUCCCGGGAGGCGUGCAUCUCCCCAUGUGCUAUGAUGCUGGCUCUGGUAUACAUUGAGCGCCUCCGCCACCGAAAUCCAGACUACCUGCAGCAUGUCUCAUCCUCUGACUUGUUCCUGAUCUCCAUGAUGGUGGCCAGUAAGUACCUCUACGAUGAGGGGGAAGAGGAGGAGGUCUUCAAUGACGAAUGGGGAGCUGCUGGGGGUGUGGCUGUGCCCACUCUCAAUGCCUUGGAGAGGGGCUUCCUGAGUGCCAUGGAUUGGUGUCUCUACACUGACCCUCGGGAGAUCUUUGAGGUGCUGAGCUGGCUGGAGAGCUGUGUGGCUGAGCAGCAGGGACGGCGACGGGGCUGGUAUACCUACACAGACCUGUGUGUGCUGCUGGAGCAGCCGACCUGGCAGUUGGCCCUGGGGUCCUUUUGCCAGCGACUGGUAAAGCUGUCCUGCCUGUUAGCCGUGGCAUAUGUGAGCAGUGUGGCCCUGGUUGUGGCAUCGGUGGCUGUAAUACACCAGUCCUUGGGGCUGUCCUGUAGCCCCACACCUGGCCCCCCUGACCUUGGAUUGACCUCCCGGUGCGUCUUGGAGCCCUGCAUACCUUCUCCUGUGCCACAGUGCCUGCCGUCUGCUGCUAAUGUUUCCAGCUGCCCGGAAGGCGACAUAGGGCUGCGCUCACUCUGGGGCAGUCUUCUGGCCUCACUGACUCCCCCACCGUUGCCUCCCCCAGACCCCCCUGCCCCUCCUACUCUUCUCCAUAACUGCCCCCUUUGCCAGAAGCUUCAGAGAGACUCCCCAACCUGCCGCGCCUGCCACCACCCCAACCAUACAGUCCCUACUGGGCCACCCAGCCCCUGGUAUCACACUUAUGGCCUUGCUUCAUCUUUGCCCUGGAGCCCAGUGCCCCCUCCACUUCCCCAGCCUCAGCAGUGCUCCCUUUUUAGCAUCAUGGAGCUAGCUCGACUCAAGUCUUUCAUUUUCCCAGGCUAGGUAGGGCUCUGAGGAAUGCAUUAAGAGGAUUUGGGAGUCCCUGAGAACCUGGAGGAGCAAAGCUUGAUUUAGAUCCUCUCUACCUCUCUGGGUCUUUGGCGGGUCCCCUAUCCUCCUCAGUAGGAUCUUAAGGGAUAGUGGGACAGAAAGAAGGACUAAAGGUCAUUCACUCUCCUAAACUUCAGUGCCUGGCAGCUUGGCCAUGGCAGUGAUGGUGUCAGGGAUAGUAUCUGCUCGGUGAAAGGCGAAUGUCACUGAUGGACAUAGAAGCCCCUGUCUCUCUGCUUCCCUUGGGCUUUUCUAUACUUUUGCUUUCAAGUUCCCUAGGAUGGAAGGGUAAAGGUGGGAGAUGGGGGAAGCGGGGGUGAGAGGAAGAAGGAGAUGUUGAUAUGGGCCUGUGUGAUGUCCCUGAGGCAGGAGAGCCAGGGACUGACGGGGUCAAGGUGGGAGCUGCAGAGGAAAGGCUAGGUGAGGGGGGAUUCCCUCUCCGCUCCUGUCCCUCAGACGUAGUCAAAUGAAGCCAAGGACUGCUGGGACCUUCAACCUGACCUUUUGUUUUCCAGCCUUUUCUCCUUAGUACCCUGCUCCUAGGCUUUCCUCUCUUCUGGGUUCUCUUCUGGGUUUUCUCUUCCCAGGCCCCUCUGGCCGCUGCUUUGUAUCUGGGUUUUUCAUGCUUUUGUAGAACUGAGGUUUCAAUAAACAGUUUCAGUUGCA